UCGAGUCUCGACGCAGCAAACAGCAGAUGGAUAAUCUGUGCUUCCCUCUGAGUUUUACUCAUUACACUCUCACAACGAAAGGACUUCACUUUGUCUUUAAUCUCCAAGUCUUUCUCUUCCGAAAUUCAAGCUCCAGUCUUGGCGCUAGGGUUAGGGUUAGGGUUAGGGCACGCAGAACUUCGUAAAGCUGGAUAGGUACAGAGUAGACCGCUAUGGCGACAACGACGACGGCGACCACCACCACCACCAGGACUCGGUCCCCUACCGUCGACCCUCUCGCUUCUCCGACGCGCCCAUGAACCACCAGAGCCACCACACUCGCCGCAGCCCUCCUAACUAUCGCGGCGGAGGAGGUCGUGGUAGUGGUGGUCCACACCGUGGCUUCGACACCCCGCCUCGCGACUCUUCCGGUGGGUUCCGGUCAUUUGGGGGCGCCGGCGCCGGCGGUGGAGGGUUUGGCCCGAACUACCAGGACCCACCUCCGCUAUCGGGUCAGAAACGAGGUUUUACUCGUGGAGGUUCUCCAGAUCGUUUCGAUAGAGGCAGCUUUGCCAAACUAUUUAUUGGAUCAGUUCCUAGGACAGCCACCGAGGAAGAUAUUCGUCCUGUGUUUGAAGAACAUGGAGAAGUGAUAGAGGUUGCUCUGAUCAAAGAUAAGAAAACAGGACAGCAGCAAGGUUGUUGUUUUAUAAAAUAUGCAACCUCAGAAGAAGCUGGUAGGGCAAUUAGAGCUUUGCAUAAUCAACAUACUCUUCCUGGGGGAACGGGUCCUAUCCAAGUCAGAUAUGCCGAUGGUGAACGAGAACGCCUUGGUGCGGUUGAGUACAAAUUAUUUGUGGGAUCACUGAACAAACAAGCUACGGAAAAGGAAGUUGAGGAAAUUUUUUCACCAUUUGGUCAGGUUGAAGAUGUUUACCUCAUGCGUGAUGAAUUGAAGCAGAGUCGUGGAUGUGGAUUUGUAAAGUACUCCCAGAGAGAUAUGGCAUUGGCAGCUAUAAAUGGUCUUAAUGGGAUAUAUACAAUGAGAGGUUGUGAUCAACCACUAACUGUCCGGUUUGCUGAUCCUAAAAGGCCUAGGCUUGGAGAUUCAAGGGGUCCUGCAUUUGGGGGUCCAGGUUUUGGUCCUCGAUUUCAAGCCCCAGGGCCCAGACCAAUGCCUAACUUUGGCGAUCCUAUGCGCGAUCAAAUUCCAACUAAUACUUGGCAUCCAAUGAGUCCACCAAACUUAGGAUCAUCCACCAAUCCUGGUAGUCGUGGCUUUGGGGGCAAUUUGCUUCCUUGGUCUGGAGACAUGCCGUUUCCCUUGAAUUCAGGUGGCCAUGGCGGCUCUGCAGAGGGUCCUCUUCCUGGAAUGGCUGUUUCGUCUUCUUUAACAUCACAAAAGAGUUUUAACCAGUCUAUGCCACAUGUUGGCCAGCAAAUAUCUCCAUUACAGAAGCAUAUUCAGUCACCUCAGCAUUUGCCACCACCCCUCCAACAGCACCGUCAAACUUCGGCAUCAUACACACAAACACAAACAGUACGGCAGCUUGGUCAGGCUCAACUUCCUCAUUCUGCUGGUCAAACACCGUUUAGUCAAGCAUUACCGUCACAACAGUUUCUUGGCUCGGGUGGACAGUUGUCUGUUCCUCAGCCUGAGGCUCAGAAGAAUGCGCCUUCUGCUACAGCACUACCAGCCCCUUUGAAUAUCAGCUUACAACCUCGGCCCAUGCCCACUGCAUCAAAUCAACAGCAGCCUGGUUCUGCUCCUGCUCAGCAACAACUGAUUCAGCCUCUUCAGCAGUCACCCUCUCCGUUAGCUCAGAUGCUGUCGCAACAGACACAAACUCUGCAAGCAAGCUUUCAAUCAUCUCAGCAGGCGUUCUCCCAGCUCCAACAACAGCUGCAGCAAAUGCAACCUUCAAAUCAGGGGUUGGCAAUGCAUCAGAAUCCCCAGGCUAACAAACAGCAACAGUCUCAGUGGAUUGGGGUUGCAUCGCAUACAGUUGCCAGCACUACUGCUUCCACACCGGCGGUGGAUGUGCUUUCAACCGCAUCUGUUGCUCCAGCUAUUCCCGGAUCCCAGGCUAUAGCUCCUGCAAAAUGUGUUUGGACAGAGCACACCUCCCCAGAUGGAUACAAGUACUAUUAUAAUAAUGCAACUGGUGAAAGCAGGUGGGAGAAACCUGCCGAACUUACAUUGUUUGAGCAACAGCAGCAACAAAAGGCGCCAGUUCAGCAGCCUCAUGUCCCAUCGCUCCCUCCAAAUCGGUCUGCACAGCAAAUUUCUCAAACGCAACAGCUGCAUCAUCAAUCUCAGCUUCAACCACAGCUCCGGACUAACUUGCAGUUACAACAGCCCUCAUUUUCUUCAUCGUAUCAGGCCUCUGGAAUUAUAGGUCACCAAAAUGUUCAGGAAGGAAGUUAUUCACAAUUAUCCACUCCUAGUUCAGUCGGUGAUCCUUCACGCUACCAACAGGGGCUUCAGGCUGCUCAGGAGUGGAUGUGGAAGAAUAAACCAACAGGGGCUUGAAGUGGUCAAGCAGAAUGUAAGGUGGCACGUCGUCAGCAAAAGAAUUGAUGCUUGGAGGAAGCCGAGCGAUAGCAUAAUUGUAUGAAUUUUGAUCACGAUGCAGCCAAGGGUCCUUGUUAGAGCUUGAAAAUGUUGAGUAGGAUGUGUGUAGUGUAGUGGAAACGUUCUUCGGCCCUUCAGUUCCAUUUUUGUGAGCCUUUUUUUUACUGUUUACAGUUACUGGCUCACUGAAUUGAACGUGUACCGUUAGCCUAAAAUCGAGUUGUAGGAUAUAAUUGUAAAACAUAGAAAUCCGAUAAUUAUCAGAUAAACAUUAGUUUAGCUUGUACUUAAACCCAAAAAAUAAAAUAUUUGGUAGAUAAUAUGUCA